GACAGCAAUGGUUUAAUAAGGGAGUUGGUUUAGUACUCCCUGACAGCAAUGGGAAUUAGUUUAUUUUCCUCAUUUGCUAUACGCUUAUCUAUUAUUUUUAAUCUAUGCUAAACAAGAUAAUGUGUAUCUGGAGGGCACUCAGAAGAAUUGCACUUUCGCAUACACAAUGUUAAGAAGUGAAGUUAGCGUGUUUUAUUGCGUUUCCUCGUAUACCGAACCUGUUUAUUACCUUUUAUCUAUGCUAAACAGUGUGUACUUUGAGGGAAGUGCGUAUAAGGUAGGGCACGGCUGUGGUGUAGUAAUGCAGAUUCCCUCACUGUAAGUCAUUGUCUGAUACCUGAGAGGGAGGAAAAAAAGACGUCACAGCCAGGCUGAAGUCACUGCCACAUCAGCUGCCAUCCUCCCUCGCAACCAAAAGUCACACAAAUGGAAUCACGACGGAAAUACAAAGAGCAUGACAAAUAACUAUAAUCAUCAAAACACAUGGACUUGUUUUUUUUUUAAUUAAACAGCUACAAUGAAUAAUUAUUAUUAAGGCGUUUUUAAACGUUUUCAUUAUAUUUUUGUUAUAUAUUUUUUCGCUGCUCGUUUCUAAUGGCAGGAAACGCGUGUGUGCGUCUGAUGGAGAAGAACAGAUCAGCCUGGUGGUUUACGUUCCUGGUACUCGGCUAUGUGCUGUAUCUGUUGUUCGGGGCCGUGGUCUUCUCCUCGGUGGAGCUGCCGUACGAAGAGCUGCUGCGGCGAGAGCUGCUAGAAAUGAAGCAGCUCUUCUUACAGGAGAACGAGUGUCUGAGUGAGCAGCGCCUGGAGCAGUUCCUGAUUCGAGUGCUGGAGGCCAGCAACUACGGUGUGUCCGUGCUCAGCAACGCGUCUGCCAAUUGGAACUGGGACUUCACCUCGGCGCUGUUCUUCGCCAGUACAGUGCUUUCCACUACAGGAUAUGGUCACAGUGUGCCCUUGUCAGAUGGAGGCAAAACCUUCUGUAUAAUUUACUCGGUCAUUGGGAUCCCUUUCACGCUUCUUUUUUUAACGGCAUUGGUUCAGCGUCUCAUUGUCUAUGUGACACGACGGCCAGUUUUGUAUAUUCAUCUCCGCUGGGGUUUUUCCAAGCAGAUAGUUUCCAUAGUUCAUGCAUUGGUUUUAGGCUUCAUCAUGGUUUCAUGUUUUUUUUUAAUUCCAGCUGCGGUUUUUUCUAUUCUUGAAGAAGACUGGAAUUUCUUAGAGUCUUUUUAUUUUUGCUUCAUUUCUUUAAGCACAAUUGGCCUUGGUGACUAUGUUCCGGGGGAGGGCUACAAUCAGAGAUUCAGACAUCUUUACAAACUGGGCAUUACAUGUUAUUUAUUGCUGGGCCUUGUUGCUAUGCUUGUAGUACUGGAGACCUUCUGUGAGCUUCCAGAACUAAAGAAAUUAAGGAAAUUGUUCUACAUUAAGAAAAAGAUAGAAGACGAUCAAGAACACAUAAUAGAACACGACCAACUGUCUUUUUCUUCAAUUUCAGACCAAGCAGCUACAUUAAAGGAGGAGCAAAAACUAAGCGAACCCUUUGUGUCACUGCAGCCAGUUACUUACUAUGCUACUGAUGCUUCUAUAAACCAUUAGCAGUACACAGAGUGAAGCAAUUGGAGUUCAGUUUCCCAUAAUAUCAUAUACCUCUCUUUUCAAUGCUGGCACUAACAAUUGUUUCAACAAUGGAAUGAAAUAAUGGACAGUAAAUUUAGAUAUGUUGUACUUGCUUAAAAUAUAUUUGCUCACUUUAUAUUGGGGUACUGAUCUUGUACUUUGUGCAUAUUUACACACAUAACUCAUGUUUACUAUUAUUUACAAUUGUCUAAUGAACAGAAAUAUUACCGCAGUACCUCAAAUGUUUUUUGCACUGAUUGCAUUAAAGCAGCAUAUUUUAUUUCUCAAAGGGACAGUAAACACUAAUAAUGUUUUUACAUUAUGAUACAAUAAUCGUCUCAUUAAUUUUUAUGAGGGAAAACUUUUUAUUUUGUCGUCACGAUUAUUUUGACCUAAGGAAUUGCAGUUGUUAAUUCAAGAGGGUAAUGUUAUCAUGCACAAGUGUGCUCUACUGUAGUAUGAAUGAUGUCAGGAGCAUGGACUCUUAUGAGUAUGCCAUAAGUUAACACACAUUAAUGGCCACAUAUUGCAUUAUAAUGUAAAAAAAAAUUGCUUUUACUGUCCCUUUAAACUUAAAAAUAAUUGCUAUUUGAUUAGAAUAAAAUAAAGAGGUUGCAGCUUGUGAUAUAUUUUGAUUGGUUGUCUGAAGAAUGUUUUAUUGCUUCUGUAGCUUUAAUAGUUUCAUUAAAGUAAAUUAACUACAUAUUGUUUAUAUGUAAGCACAAACAAGAAGCACUGUUUCUAAUAUUGUACAUAUAUGUGUGUUUAGGUUUAAUAUAUAUAUUGUAUAUACACACACACAUACAUAUAUAGCCUGUAUCUAUACAUACCCAAAUAUCAGUAAAGUUAUGCACUCCAAACUGAAUAGAACAACAGCUUUACUGGGUGCUAUGUAAAUAAAUGGACAAUACAGUAUAAAUAGCAGCGCACUCAUUUGAUUGUUCCAUAAACUUUCUUGAAGAAAGCGAUUGUUUUGAUUCUGGAAAUGUCAUAUUAAUGUUUCUGUAAUGUAGAGUUUCGUAUACAUUAAGGUUUCUAGACAUAUUAAUUUCAUUGGUGAAAAAAAAUGUUUGGUAGCCCAACAGCAUUUCUGUGGGCACAUGAGAAACUCAUAGGGGCCGAUUUAACAUUAUGCGAGUGGACAUGAUCCGAUAUUGCAGAUCAUGUCCGUUGCACAUCGAUAAAAGCAUACGCUGUUGGUAUUUAUCAUUGCACCAGCAGUUCUGGUCAGUAACGGACAGGUUAUGGAGCAGCUGUCUUUAGACCGCUGCUUCAUAACUUGUGUUUCUGGUGAGCCAAGGCUCGCCAGAAACACGGGGCAUCAAGCUCCAUACGGAGCUUGAUAAAUAUGCCCCAGUGACUUAACUCUUUAUUUUAUUUAUUGAAAGACAAUUUUAGAAGUAUAUUUUCAUAUUAAAAAAAUACUAUUCAUCCAUUUACUGUACACUGCUGCCAUUUUGUUGUAUUUGUGAGGGGAGUUUAAAGGGUUUUCUAUGCUUAAAAAAACAAAACAUUUUACUGAGAUAGUGGUGCUACCUGACAGGAACCUGUUCAUCCCCGUUUAUAGGAUCUUCAAAAGCCACAUGGUGGCUUUUAUAUUUCCAACUUUCCAAUUCAUUUCCAUUAUUAAAAUGUCUUGCUAUAAUCUCACUUUAUAAGGGACCAGUUCCUACUGAGCAUGUGCAACAGUUCACUGUGUAUAUGCAUUUUUUGAUUGGCUGGUGACUGUCACAUGAUGCAGGGGGAAGGAAGACUGAACUAACUGAAAUUUGUCAGAAAAAAAAUCUACUUAUUUGAAAUCCAGACUAAGUGCUAUUGCAUUGUCUUUGUAUAAUGCAUUUGUUGAUUAAACAAUUCUAGUGUAUUUAAUUGGCCGUUAAAUGCAGGAUCUACAUACUCAGGAAAAGCAAAGUAUGAAUAGUAUUUGCUAUCAUUCUUUUACUCUUCUGUUUAAUUUUUUUUUUAAAUCUAUUUUUGUCUUGGUCUUACUUCUGACAAAGCAGUACUUACAGUAUACUAUAUUUUGUGAAAAGUAUAAGUAUAGAUGUAUUAAAAUCUAGACAUGAGAGUUUCAAGGAAAUAUACCUUCCAGCCAAGUGUACUCUGAGCUACAGAAUAAAAAAGUUCCAUGCUAGCAUACGUUUAAAUGAUAGACCGCUGGAAACCAUGUGACGAAUUUAUCAGGUGCUGGGCAGACAUGAUUGUGAAAUGCUUGUGCAAUGCUGACCCCUGUACAUUCACAGCCAAUGAGCCGCUAGCAGGGGGUGUCAAUCAUCCCGACCGCUACUUCUUAACUUAAGUUUCCAGCGAGCCUGAAACUUCAGGUGGAGACAGCUGCUUGUUAAAUCCAGCCCAAUGAGUCAGAAGAGCCAGAGGUUUCUACAUUUUAAAAGCUUAUGAGUUAUUUAUUAUUAGACGGUCCUGCCCAUUAGUCUAACUGUGGAGCUGUUCUAUGAAAAAAAAAAAAAAAGCGGUCAGACACAACUUGUACUUGUAGCAUUAGUUGUAAAACUAUGAGUAGUUGCCAGAGAUAUUGGUAAAAGAUGGGUACUACAGGGGGAGUUUGCAUAAAGCAUAAAACAUGAUAUAAAAUAUUUUUCCACUGUAAAGUUUGAAGGAAAAUAAAAGGCAUUUCCCCCCAAAAUGCAAUAACCAAUAUUAACAUUUACCCUAUUUUAGUAGUUUAGUCAAGUGAUCUCCUUGUUUCACACCCACCAUCAAUAAAUUACCUGCCAUGUGUGUCACUGGCAUUACUGUGACAAUAUAUAUACACCCAUCUGGAAUAAUUGGCAUUGUAGGAUCAUAGAAGCAGAGACUGCUAAAGUGGUUUCAUUAUUUUUAAGAGAAUGGUUUGUUUCCUUAAAGUGAAAGGGAAGACAAAUUAUUGAUGAUUCAGAUAGAGCAUACCCUUUUAAACACCUUCCAAUUUAGUUCUAUUAUCACACUUGCGUCAUUCUCUUGGUAUCUCUUUGUUGAAGGAGCGGCAUUGCACAGGUGAGCCCAUAGCAACAAGCAUAUAUGUGCAACCACUAAUCAGCUAGCUCCCAGUGGUUCAUUGCUGAUUCUCAGCCUACCUAGGUAUGCUUUUCAUCAAAGAGAACAAAGCACAUUAGCUGAUAGAAGUAAAUUGGAAAGUUGUUUAAGCUGCAUGCUCUAAAUGUAUCAUGGAAGUUUAAUUUUGAGUUUACUGUCCCUACGGUGGAAAUGGAAGUGAAGCUGAAAUAUAAACACUUAACUCUUACACAGAUAAAGAUUAUUUCAGGAAACAAGUUGAGUGGUAUUUUUUUAAAUGUCAAAUAUAUUUAACUCUGCUAAUAUUUAUUGAAGUUGAUAAUGUACUUUUAAUCACAUUUGUGCUACUGCUGUGUAAGGCCUAAGAUAAUAGCAGGGGCAGUAACUUGAAAACUACAAUGUAUUAGCACCUAAUAUUUAUAUUUAAUAAAAUAUUAGGGCAUUUAACUUAAUAAAUCUUUAAAUUGG